AUGGCCUCCUCUGGCGAUGACAGUCGCUGUGCUCCUGGCACACAUCCACACACAAUUCCCUGUGUCUCUCUGCGGGAGCUGGAUGAGUUGAAGAUCGAUUACAGCCACACGGACACCCGCACAGUUGCUGCGCCGUACUUCUUCCAGCACUGCGAUGCCGCCGGCUGCACGACGUUGUGGUACAACAAGUACAACAAGAUGCAGUGCAUGACGGCCAACCUGAUCCGUGUGUGGUUGCAGCGCAUGGAGCACGUGGGCCAGUACGCGUUGGGCGCUGCACUCAUGUUUGUGGAGCAGAGGCGGCACGACAUUGUGGCGCUGUGUGUGUUGGGCGGCCGGGCAUGCCGGCGAUUUUGA